AUGCGUUUUACUUCGGUCUUAUUGCUGCUUGCAGUCGGUUUCCUAGAGUGUGUCGAUAGUACCUCGGGGCAUAGUGCCUCAAAGACGCUCACAGAUCACUUAACUGUGGUUACUGACACACAGCCCAUCACUCUUGCUCAUCGGUUCUUGAGGACACAAGGCGUCGACGCUAUCGAGGAUAGAGCUGGUUUGGGCAAAGUGACAGAUGCACUAAAGGCACAUGCAAAGAAGCUCACCGACACCUUGACGGAGAUUCUUCGUCAGAAAAAAACUGCUGCCGAAGUGCUGAACAGUUUAAAUCUCGGAGACGAUGUAGCAGGAGCUUUGAAAAAGUCAAAACUGGAGGUUUUGAAAAACUACAUCGAGCGACUCAACAAGAAGAACCCCGAUAAAACCAUCUCGUUGGUCGGGACUCUUUCAGCGCGUUAUGGAGAUGAUGAGGUACCGCGAGCAAUAGUAUCCGCGGCAAGACGUACAGACUCGGCACUGCACGUGAAGGAACUGGCAACACAGCUGCGAUCUCAGCAACUACGUGCUUGGCUUGACAACGGUAAAUCCGUCGAUGAUGUUUUCAAGUUACUCAAGCUUGGUGACGAUGGAUAUGAAGCGCUCACAAGUCGAAAAUUGAUUCUAUUGGACGACUAUAUCGUGGAGUUUAACCGCGCGAAUCCUGGCCAUAAAACCACUUUGCUGAAGACCUUGACAACGGGUUUUGGUGGGGAAAGCCAUUUGGUGACGCUUUUAGCCGCUGCAAAACACGACGUUCGUACAAAGGCGAAGGCCACGGAACUGGAGAACGGGUUGCUCAGACAGUGGCAACGUGAAAACUUGGACCCAGCCAGCGUCAUGAAGCUGCUAAAUCUUGACAAUGGUGUCGACAGAGUUUUAAAUAACCGAAACUUGGAGACAUUUGAGAAAUACAUCGCGGUGUUCAGCAAAAAGAACCCGGAGAAUCCAACGACAUUUCUGGGGGCGCUGACGAUGAAAUACGAAGAAGGCGAGGUGGCAAAGGCCAUUGUCCGAAACUUGGAGACGCUUGAGGAAUACAUCCUGGUGUACAACCGAGAGAAAAAAGUAAGCGAAACUUUGAUUGGUGCGCUGGCGAAGGGCUUCGGCGGCGAAAAAAAGCUGGCGGAGAUGCUUAUGAGAGCAAGAACGUAUCCAGAUUCGAAGAUAAAUGCUAUAAAAGUAAAGAAUGCGCAAUUCAGGAAGUGGAGGGACAGGGGUUUGAAUCCGGUCAACGUUCUUACCAAGGUAUUCAGUGUGGAGGAGGCAGGUGCCUCCAGAAUCCAGAAAAGAAUAGUAAAAGAGUUCACGACUUACAUCGAGCGAAAGAACGCCGCUGUGCACAGAAUCACUGACCCGCGACGCAUUUAA